CUCUCUUUCAUCAAGUAAACAAAACUUAUUUUAAUAAAAAUGGCACACAGACUAGGAGGACGUAGAAAGAACGUAAAGAAAGGGUUCCAAUUCACCUUGAUGGUUGUAGGUGCCUCUGGUACUGGUCGUACUACUUUUGUGAAUACACUUUGUGACUCCAAUGUGUUAUCGAAAAAGAUUUGCGAUAACCCCGAAGAGGCACACAAUGAAGAAGGAAUUCUUAUUAAGCCUGUUUCUGUCGAAUUGGACGAGGAUGGUGUUAGAAUCUCCUUAACAAUUGUUGAUACACCUGGGUUUGGUGACAAUAUUGAUAACGAGAAAUGUUUUCAAGAAAUCGUUGGUCAUUUAGAGACACAAUACGAUGAUAUUUUGGCUGAAGAGUCAAGAAUUAAGCGUAAUCCUCGUUUCCGUGAUAACCGUGUUCAUGCUCUCUUGUACUUUAUUUCUCCUACUGGUCAUGCCCUUCGUGAAAUUGAUAUUGAGUUGAUGCGUCGUUUAAGUCCUCGUGUCAACGUUAUCCCUGUGGUUGGUCGUGCUGAUUCACUUACACCUUUAGAGCUGAAGGAUUUUAAGCGAAGAAUUAUGGAAGAUAUUGAACAUUAUAAUAUUCGUAUCUACAACUUCCCAUAUGAUGUCGAGGAAGAUGAUGAAGAUACAAUUGAGGAGAACAGUGAAUUGAGAGCUCUUUUACCAUUUUCCAUCAUCGGUAGUGAUGAAGAGAUUACAGUUAAUGGACGGUCUGUCCGUGGUAGACAAUACCCCUGGGGUGCUGUUGAAGUGGACAACCCCCAACAUUCGGAUUUUGCUCGCUUAAGAUCAGCCCUCUUAAGCUCUCAUUUGCAAGACCUCAAGGAGAUUACUCAUGAUAUUUUAUAUGAGAAUUACCGUACUGAAAAACUUAGUCGUACAGUCAAUAGUGGAGAUCAAGAUAGCGACGGUUCAAUGGAUGCUGAUGAAAUGACAGGACAAAGUGUACGUUUGAAAGAAGAGCACUUGAGAAAAGAAGAAGAAAAGCUUCGUGAAAUCGAAUUAAAAGUUCAGCGUGAAAUCCAAGAGAAAAGAGCUGAAUUGAUGAACAAGGAAGAAGCUUUACGUAGCUUAGAAGCAAGACUUUCUCAAGCUCAGCUAUCCGAUGCUUAAAUAAACCCCUUCUCUACCCCCUCCCCUUCCCCUUUUUUCAUAACGAAUAAAUCUUUCUUUUUUGGCUGCAU